CUUGCUGCUUUUCAUUUUGAUAAGAGUAAGUGCUUGUAGCUUGCUCGCUCUCCUAGGAAAUGGCAAAACCUAGCUAUACCUUGAAGGACAAGACCUUAAAUGGCCUAGGCAAUCUCAUAAGACUCCUCCCAACAGGAACAGUCUUCAUAUACCAAUUCCUAAACCCUAUUCUCACAAACAAUGGUCAUUGCACUAUCAUCAACAAGUACCUAUCAGGCAUCCUCAUUGCCCUUUGUGGUUUAUCUUGUGGAUUUUCUUGUUUCACCGAUAGCUACACCGAUAACGAGGGCACGACCCAUUAUGGCAUAGCCACAAUGAAGGGGCUUUGGCCAACAUCUAAAUCGAUGGACACAAGUUCAUACAAAAUUAGUGUAGGUGACUUUGUGCAUGCAUUUUUUACCAUAGUUGUUUUUGGUGUUGUGACUAUUUUGGACAGAAAUACGGUGGAUUGUUUCUUUCCGACGUUCGAAUCGACGGAAAAGAUGUUGAUUAUGGUGUUGCCACCGGUUGUUGGUGCAAUUUCUAGUGUUGUGUUUAUGGUGUUUCCUAAUAAACGUCAUGGUAUAGGGUACCCUUCCAACUAAUAGUCAAGAUAACUAAAAUGGAGUUAUCUUGAGUUUAAAAUAUUUUAUACUAAUGAUUUGAUUGAGUUUUGUGUUUUGAGAAAGGUUUUUUUUUUUUGGUUGAUUUAUUUUAUUUUAUACUAAGGUGUGUAUAUGAUGUAAAUCACAAGAAAUGAAUAAUAUUAUAAGAUUUGGGGUUUUAAAUUUAUUACUUUGUUGGUUAUACAAUGAGCUUAUGAUCUUGGAA